CUCGUGGUAUAUGAAACAAACAAUGGUCGCUGAUUUCAAACAAUUCCCUGUGCCUGUGGCAAUAAUGGUACUAUCUGAAAUUGCAAUAAUGUUUAAUAAGUAUGGUUACUCCAGAAAUAAAUAACUAUAAUCACUUUCUGACAACAUAAUUAACAUUACAGUCAAUAAUCAUAUCAACCACAUCAUUAGGUGUGCAUGUCCACCUUUUCCACCAUCUUUUUUCUGCCUUUUCAGAACCCCAGCAUUAACUUCACCUAAGAAGAACUCACCCCUCUGUCUGUGGAAUAAUCCAUAUCCCGAACGGGGGAUCUAUUUCAUGUCACACACUCGCCAAUCUUUAUAAAAAUCGAAUACACUGUUUCUUUGCGCAAAAUAAUACGACGUUAUAUUUUCAAUGUAUCUUUAAGGGGAUUUAAGCAUUUCCAUUGAUUUGAGUACAUCAUGCGAUUUGUAAAAGCACAGACCGAACGUCCCUUCUGGAGUUAUAGUUCAACCUGCAGAAUUUUAGGCAAAAUGGCGACAAUGUAACGAAUGGAGGGCGAAAAAGGACUAUAAUCAAGUAACAUUACAAACUUGCUCGUUGUUAUAAUUUCGUGAUAUGGGAAGUAGACUACCACACUUGGAUUUCCUCAUAUUAUCAACGAGCAGGUGUGUUUACUGAAAACGACGGGGUGCCAAUGUUUUGGAAAAGACUGCAGUAACCUCAAGAUGAGGUGCAACUCGAGUGUUAGAACAAGUGCUGAUGGAAAGAAUAAGGGCUGAGAGAGGAGAGAGAGAGAGCAGUGACAUAUGCGUGUCGUACUGUGUUGUUUUCACUAUGGCAGCGAUGAAAGAGAGUGCAGAGGAAGACAAAGAAGUGGAAUCUUCCUCUUAUGACAUUCAAGAUCUGACAAGCACAUCUUCUUCCAGCAACAACAACAACAAUAACAGCUUGGAUCCACCAGAGCCCCUGCCCUUGGACAGUCACCAAAACCCUUUAAAUGGAGUCCAGUCGAACCCAUUUGUCUGUGGUAGCAUCCCUGCUGCCCCCAGCACAAACGACUCCUUGCCUUCCAGAGCACUUGUUAAUGGAGCUGCUUCACACUGUACCUCAGAGGAGCCCCGCGUCCACAACAAAGACAUGUCCCCCUUGCCCGGGACAGACACCAGCCCUGAGGUGUUACCACCUCCCAGUGAGCUUCAAUCAGACACCCGGCAGAAAACAGAAGGGUGCGUCCUAAAAGUGCAGCACACUAGGGCCUCAUCUGAAUCGAACAACAGCGACGGUGAGGCCCCCCUAGAUGUGCUGGUGGAGGAAGGCUUGGAUAACAGGCCAAUCAGCCGACUGUUGGCUAGAAAGCAAAUCAAAGCAGGGUGCUUAUGGGACUUUGAUUCUGAGUUGUCAGAGAGUUCCUCUGAUGACUGUGAUGGUCUGAACUGGGGCCUGCAGGAGAAGUUCAUGCAGUUACUGUUGAAAAGCAGGAUAGCGGGUGGUGGGGUAAGAAAAAAUAUUGCAGGAGCUCCACCUGCCAACCAAAAACAGGGGAUGCGGAAAACUCACACCAUGGAGAGCGCUGCCACUAGAGGACAGGUUUAUGAUGGCUUUGAUUACGCAUCCCAGAAUUCCCUAACCGAUGAGGACUCCGAUUUUAAUUCGUCCAUUAGCAAAGAACAUGCCUUCAGGAAAGAGCCGGAAAGUUUGAAAGCAUAUGCUGGCUUGCGCCUGGAGAAAUUCUGUGACAAGGCAGCUGCCAUGAAAGAGCUAAUUUCAAGCGAGAAAGAAGAGAGAUGUGAUGAAGGCAGAAGCGACAUAGAAACAAACACCUACAUGGGGGAAAAAUUGUCACUGUUCAAGACAGAGACAAAGCCAGGGAAGGAGCUGUCCUUCUUCCCAUGCUCAAAGUGCAACGCUAAUUUCAAGGAGAAGAUGCAUUUGCAUAGACAUAUGAUGUAUCAUUUAGAUAGGAAUAAUAAGGUGAAACAAGAAUACGUUCCCCGACCUUUUAUAUGUAGGGAGUGUGGGCGUUCGUUCCGAGACCUAAACUCUCUGCAGAAGCACAUGGUAAUCCACCAGGUGCAAAGGGAGAGGCUGAUGGAAGAGAUUAAAAGUUUCGGUAAGAUAGAUGUUGAGGGAAGGAGAGCUUGUAUUCAGUGUGUCUUUGAAACGAAAUGCCCUCAAACUUUUGUCCGUCAUGGCAAAACUAAUGAGAAGGAGAGACACUGUAAUAGCAGUGAAGGACAUGAUCACAUGACUACAUCAGAAACACAGUUAAUGACGCAUGAGUUCACAGCUCACCACAGCACUUGCGACAAAUCUCGAGACUUAUUGAUAUGUCAAAUAUGCACAUUCAAAACUAACAGUAAAGACGCUUUCAGAAAGCACAUGGAGCUUAUCCAUGGACAGCAAUAUUAUGACUACAACGAACCUCACAGCAAUAUGGAUGACAUUAAGACUGUGCCUGACAGAUUAGCAGACCAAACAAAAACCAACGACUCAUCUUUGCUUUCCCUAACACCAAAGACUCAAAGCAAACAGAUGUGGUCUGUCACGGAAAAAGGGGAGCUUGCCUUAAGGCCCAAUGGCUCAGCUGACCUUAAUGUGAGAAGCAAAGAAACACAAAAAGCAUGUGAUGGUUUCUGCUCCUCGCUGAUCAAAUGGAGCCCUGGCAGCCAAGCAAACAAGCUGUCACCAUUCUCACUGAGAAGUGACAAGCCAAGCAAAUUAUCCCCUCUGCCUACAGAGAAAAUAGACGUGACAACAGGUCUCCCGUAUGUCGAAGAAGACAAUCAAGAAUAUGAAAGCACUGUCACAGAAAAGAGGACAAAAUCUCUUUCCAGCUUUGACGUGCAUCUUACAACGAAAGCAGAGAUCGUCAGUAAAGCAUCCUGUCUGAACUCUGACACCGAGAGCAGUCCCAAAGAUCCCUCAUCCAGCAGUACUUUAGCACCACAAACACUGAAGCAUAAAAUACCCUCAAAAAGAAAAAUGUCAAUCCCGUAUCGUAACACCCACGUCAAUAUUCCUCAUGCACGUUUUGCAAAUUGUGAACCUGAGUCUCCACAGUGGGAAUCUAAUCAACUACAAGACGAAAGUUACUAUGAUGGUGCUCAGGCCUACAGCAACUUUACCAAAGAGUCCCCAGAUCAGUUUCGUAGUAAUACCCACUCUGAUUAUUUCAUCUCUGGACAAACAUCCCCUUUCAAAAACAAUAUUACAGACAACGCUACUCAGUCUAAUCUGGACAUUGACGAUGAUGAAAUAUGUACAUUAAUAAUAAAGGAGGAGUGUAUUGAGAGUAUAAUUAGUGAAGAUACCCCUGAUCCUGCUGUUUAUGAGCAAAGUGACCCCUACGCAGGGUAUGUGGUUCCCUCUUUGUCCUUGGUGGGAAGAAAAUGCUGCCCCUACUGCCCAGCUGUGUUUGAGUCUGGGGUAGGCUUGUCCAAUCACGUGAGAGGACACCUGCAUAGGGUGGGGCUAAGUUAUGAAGCACGUCACCUGGUGUCCCCCGAACAGGUGGCAUCUCAAGAUCGUAAGCCUCGCAUACGCAGAAAAAUCCCCACAGUGAAUCGAAGAAUCAGAAAAGAUGAGCCAGAGUCUAAAACAGAGCACACCUGUCCGCUGUGCCUUGGCUGGUUCGACACUAAGACUGGCCUUUCCAAUCAUGUGCGGGGUCACCUGAAGCGGAUAGGCAAGCCUAUUUCGGGCUCUAGCAAGUCACCUCUCUGCAUUCUGACAGAACUUCUUCAAGACGAGAUGGAAUACAAAAACAUUUUAAAAGUUCUUGGUGCCAGACCACAUUUCUCUAAACAUUUUGUCUCUCAAAAGUUUGCCAGCAGCGAUGGGCUGUUUCUUACAUCCACUGGCAUUCCUGUGAAGAUCCAGCAUGGCACCGGCACAGAAGGGCAAUGGGCUCAGAUCAGACCACCCCGGGACAACAUGGAGAAAAAUAGUGCUGAUAAGAUCCAGUCUAGCGCUUUUGAGGACCUGCUAGAAAACAGGAAACUGGAGCAGAAAAUGAAAAUUGUAGGUGACUUAAAGGAGGCCAGGGCUCCUUUGAGCAUCUCCUACACUAGUGGCAGUACACCCGACACACCAUAUGUGAAGCUGGAUCCUACCUGGAACCAAGGCUCUGAAAUUGACUAAUGGUGUUCAAACCAUUCUCAAAUUACUUCAGGUUCACCAUAUAAUUACACAGUACAGCCUACUUACACAGUAUACACAGAUACUGCAGCUGUGUCUGAUCGAGCUAUUUUCCUUCCCAUUAUAAGCAUCAGUAAAGCGCCUUAUUUCAAAUUUACAGUAGACUCACUAAACCUCUUAAAGAAGAAAUGCCUUUAAUUUAAAUGGUGUAACAUUUCCUGCAUAAUUAAUUACAUCUCCCCAACAACUUCAGUGCUAUAUGUGCUCAGAAGUGUAGAGGUAAUAGGUAAUAAUUAGACCCCAAUUCGUCUCCUUUGUCUCAUUCAAAAACUCAUUCAAGUUGAACAAGACCAAGUUUAUUGACAGGAUUUUCUUUAUUUAACACCUACCAGGGUUAACAUGGUUGGAUGAGAGGAGGUGAUGAGUCUUCUCGUUAUGCUACGAGAUUCAAGUUUCAAUUCAAUUUAGGUUUAUUUCUAUAGCUCUUUUCAAAACAGUUGCAAAACAGUUUUAAAGACAAUAUAUUUUUGCCACAAAGAAUAAAAACAUGCAAAAAUAGAAAAAGACAUUAUAAAAUGGAAAAUAUAGUAUUAAGGAAAAUAAUUUAUUUGAUGACAAAUCAUCUUUAUGGUAUUGGGACGCUCCCUUCUAAUGAACAGGUUAGUCAUUUCUUUGAGCACAAAGCUUAAUGCUACAGCACAUAAUGAUAUUCUAGAGAAUUGUGUGCUUUUACUUUUAUAGCAACAGUUUUGGCAGGCCCUUUUCUAUAUCAGCAUGAUAUUGCCCCUGUGCACAGAGCAAGGUUAAAGUUAAAAAAAUAUAUAUUGAUUCAGUCUAGUGUGGAAGAACUUGACUGGUCUGCAUAAAGCUCAAACCUGAACACCUUUGGUAUGACUUGCAGGGUUUGAUCCAAACACUCAUCCCCCAAACCUAAUAUAGCAAUGCACUUUCUUUCUUCUUUUUAGAACUCUUAACAUUAUUAACAUACAAAGGAGGAUUCAUCUGCACACACAUCUGUUCUGAAUCGGGCAAAUUCUCUGUGAGACGUUUUCCUCUGCCAAAAGUAUGCAGUCCACAUAAUUAUUACACUCUAAAAAAUCCUUGGUUAUUUUUAACCAGUUUUUUUCUAAGCAAUUGUGUUAAAUUAACCCAGGAAGUGUUUAUUUUGACCCAACAAUGGGUUGAAACAACCCAACAUUGGUUCAUUUUAGGGGUGUCCCCGACUAAGAAUUUAUAUAGUCGAAUCAGAAUGGUCACGUCUGGCCUAUAGUCGACUGAUAGUCGAAUCAGACGUGUGCUUGUGUGUGCGCGCGCGCCCGUGCAUGUGUGGACGACACCAGGUGGUUAAGGGUACAGCGCAACAUUGAUGCACGAAAAAACAAUCAAACAUUAAUUUACAGAAUUUGUUUAGAACAGAAUAUACCUUUAAAAUAAAUAAAUGAAAUAAGUCAGAACCAAGUCACAAUGUGCAAAUGUGUUUAGGCAAAAUGUCUGAAAAGCAGGGGAACAUAAUUUUGAAAACACAAGCCACAAAUACUAAAAUAAAUUUUCCUUAAACAUCACGUAACAAUGCUGUGCCAUACAAUACUAGAACAGAUCUCGCCUCAAAACUAAUUUUAAAACUACUCCAUAAUAAUUAAUUUUUUUUUUACAAACGGGAAUACCAAUGAACUACCAAUAAAGUUACUUUAUUGUAAAGGAGGAAUGUAGUAAAGAAUUCUUACCAUUUUAAAAAGUCCCUUUCACCUUUUUCCUGCGCACUCUUUCUCCGUCCCUCUGACGCUUGCUUUCAGUUCCAAAAGUCUGCGCCGUGCUUGCUAUAUAUGGUGAUUUUGGUUAUUUUACUUUAUUGUUUAUCAUGCAGCGCAAAGUUCAGUCUAAGUAACGGACUACGUGCAUUUAAAGAAAAGGUGUUAAUUCAUAUUUAAAUGCCCAAACAUUCAGUAAGUGACAAAUGUUUGGAAACGGUGUACACAUUCAUUUGCGAGUCAUCUGCGGGUGCGUGCGGAACGUGCUGCUUCUCUAUACCGGUCUCACAGCACAGAACACGCGGAUAGACGCGAUCCUGCGCUGGGUCAUAGACGGACCUCGCGCUCAUAUGCGCCGGGGGUUUCAGUACCCAACCCUAAAAAUGACCCAUUUCUUUACAUCAUAAAUAGCGCAUUGCAUGCUGCGCCACUGCCCAUAUAACCAAAAUGACAUGAUCCCCAUUGCAUAACACCCCUGCGAAGAUUCGACUGUGAGAUUGGUAGUCGAAUCAGGCUCCUCCGAUCGAAGCAUCGAAUCGUCGACGAUUCGGGCUCACCCCUAGUUCAUUUACAGCCCAACAGUUGGGUUCGUCCCUUUUUGCCCCAGUGUUGGGCUGAAAAUAACCCAGCAUUUUUAGAUUGUAGUCAAUGAGAUCCAAUAUCAAAAGAUAGUGAGGUGGCAAGGGAGGUAAAAUCCUUAAAAAAUCCUUUUAAUGCCAUUAGUGUUCCCAACUUUAUCUUCAAGAUGUCUUUAUUGUUUGAGAUUCCUUAGCAGAAAGUUUUGUGGUUAAUAUUGGAAAUAAUUUUUAAACUGUAUUCAGUCAACCAUUUCUGUUGUCUCAUUCAAUCUCAGUUGGACACAACGUUCACAGUAUACGUAUUUACCUUGGAAAAUCAUCCUGAUGUUGAGCAAUUUUAUUGAAAACACAACCUCUGCAUGACAAGAGCCUUUUGCCUGUUCACUGUCAGCUGAGCGUGUGAUCUGACUUGUUUCGAGUGAUGUUGAAUCAAAGAUUUUGAGAGUGACAGACAGGUGAGGUUUCAGAUAUCUGGGUCACAAACCAGCACUGAACGUUCUUUAUUCUCAUAACAUAGUGUUUUUAUUGUUGUCAGUCUUUUAUAAUAGUUUUAGUUCUUUUAGGUGCAAAUAAUGAAGUAGUUUGUUAAGUGCCGUAGCAUUGAUUUGAGAUAUUUACAGUAAAAAUGGGUAGAGAUGAUCAAUACAGUGUUGAAUGCCUGCACACCCUUGUUUCACAGCUGCUCUCAUAUGUUUUUCCACCUCUACCACCUUCAUUAUUUACAGUGCACGUUAAAACACUCAAUUUGAGUCAUACACUCUGUAUUAAAUAUGUAUGACAGACGCCUCAUGCUUAAGACAAAGUUCUCUUCUAACCUUGAAGUUGCCAGUUGAUGCCAUUGAAAGGUAGAGGAAACACGAUAUUCAGAGAGUGCCAGGGAAAAGUUUGCUACUCAUUGAAAUAUUGUAGCAGGUACAAAAAGAAUGAAUGUCAUCAAAAGUGGCUUUGAAAUUCAAAUGUGAAAAGCAAUAACGUUCUUUUAUCUACCACUGGAAAUACAUCAGCUGCAUUUGCACACUUUUGUUUCAUGUCUACCCAAAUAAAAACUUUCACUAUUCCCAUUUAUUUCACAAAAUGUCCGUUUUAAUUACAUGUACAAUUAAGUUAUAUUUGAUUUGAAAUCCAGGUUCAGUCAGAAUAAUUUAAUUAGGUCUGUUGUUUUAUGUUCUGUUAAAACUCCAGGAUUGGAGGUGGAGCAUUGACAACUAGUAAGAAGUGCAAUGCAGCCAGUUUGAAAAGAAAAGACAUUUGUGCUUUUUAGAGUGGCUUUGAAGAGCACAACUGUAAAAUGUGACUUCGCUUGCACUCAUGUUGUUCCACACCCACAUUUUCAUUUUCAAUACCUGACUUCAUUUCAUUUCCCAAAACACAAAAGGUGUUUUUUUUCCGUAAAUUUGACAGACAUAAAAAAUAACUUGAAGUAGCUACUUUCACAAAAUUAUUAAUUUUGAAAUGAAUUUUAUUUAAGUUAUUCCUUAAGUCGUUUUCCAUUAUGUUUUUUUGUUUGUUUGUUUUGUAUUUAUUGUAUUUCAUUAGUGUUUAUUACUUAAAGCAAACUCUGAUUCUUAAAGACAACUUAGAUUAUAAAAUAUACCAUGUCUUAUCAUCUCCAGAGCAUGCAUUAGUCAAGAUUCAUGCACCAGCUGUAGAUUAGCAUUAAUCGGACACAUUGCCUCUGAAUGUCGAGUGAGAGCAGAUGAAUACUUUCAAAUAUUGUCUCUUGAAAACAAACAAACAAACCAACAAACCUUGUGUCUGCAGACACUACAUGAAAAUGUCCUCAAAAUCAGAGUGCACAAAUUAUCUUUAUGAUAUGAGAACAGAUGGCGUGGGAGGUGAUGAUACUCCGGGAAUAACAGUUUUAUUUUCUUCAAGCUGCUGUGUUUCAUUUCUAAAUCACACACAACAGUAAUGAUGCUGUUGCUAUUCUUAGAGUGGUCAUAAGUGGAAGGCAG